AUGUUGGUGAUGGACCCACAGACAGCCGCUUUUACACCCCGAGACGAGCUCUGGCGCAUCCAGUCCGACAUGCUUCGAGUCCACCAAACUCAAUCAGACCACGCCGAACGUCUGUCACGGCUUGAACGACGUCAAGAGGAGGAUGUCCGGUUGAAAUCAGUCUGGGGCUCAUCCUCCCCUUUCCCGAGCGUCUUGGGCGGCACGCCUCAGCAUGGGCCGAUCCAGCAACCUACAGCAGACGCCUUCUCCGGCUUCGAUGACCAGCAAAGUACCUUAAUCGGGAGCUUACACCUCGAUGCGGAUGACGAGCCCAGACGGAUAGGUGCAUCAUCGAGGGCGAACAGCGUCCGAUUUGAUGAAAGCGCUAACCAGGGCCACUGGGCACACGCUUCGAGGACCUCGGUGGAUCUCAUUCCAAGGACAGGUAGUGGGCUUGGCGGACAUGCCAUGAUUGAGCGAACGUACUCGCACAAGUCGGAUGGACGCCAAAGCUCCGCAGGUCAAUCGGUCCAUUCAGCAACGUCGGGACGUGCCAACAGCCUUGGCUUGGACACAGCUUUUGGUGUUCAGUCUGCCCCGUCGCCUAUGGACGUACCCGGUCUGGCUCCUGGCCUAUUCAUCCUGGGCUCCGUUCCUUCAAUUAUACGAUGUUGGCUAAGCACGAAGUUCAAGCACGACACGCUCCUUUACGCUGCCGUAUGCACCGGCUCAUACACCUCAUUCAUUGACAUUCGCUUGGUUGACCAUCUUGGCUUUCGUGACCAGGUUACCCGGGAGACUGACGGCAACCGCAGAAUCAAGCUCGCAAUGUAUCUGCCUGAAGCAGUGCCCCAUCCAGCGUCUUCUCGCUCAAACAGCCCCGCGCCCCAGCUACCAUCCCUGACCGUGGACUUCACUGUCGUCGAUAGGACAGGGGCCGAUGGAGAUUCUAAAGCAAUUCAAGUAUUCAUUGGCUCUGAUAUGUUGAGGGCCCACAGUGCAGAUAUUCUGUUCUCUUCCAACACUCUGACACUCUUCGAUGACGACCGCAGUAAGCUAUCCAUACCGCUUGUCCGACCCGAAGACGACCGCACUUUUAAAAGUCUCUACAUCACCAGUGGUCCUGUGCCAUCCGAAUCGGCCCUGAAAGGACUCGGACAAACACCUGAACCGCCUUCUGCAGUCGAAGAUACAGUCCGUCCAGAGGAAAUUCUACCUUCAGCACCUGCAAUUGUGCCCGAGUGGAGAACUUCUUCACCCGCUGUUAGGGAUCUCCCUUCACCGAAAUCCGAGGCAGAGCCAAGUGUAGCACAGACUAGAUCCGCCGCAAGCGAAAUUAGUCAAGUGGACCUGCCGAGCCGUCGGAAUCUUGAUCAUCGACCUCUACUAGGUCCCCUUCACACGAAGGCUGAGGCAAAGGACAAUGCUGAGUCGAGUUCUACAAGUAACACGCUGUCCCGGUCAGGCUCGUCGCCCGCCAUCUGGAGCAACUGGCGGCGAGACGACAGCAAACCCAACGCUAGUACAGGAGCAGGUUACCAACGGCGGGAUCAGGGCAUCAAGGUCCUCAAGCCAGUGAGGUCCACUUCACGGGUCUUGUCUGGCGGCACCGGUUCCCCAGCGUCCGGUCAGUCUCGCUUCUUCGAUGAUGGCCGGCGAAGGACGAGCGUUGUCUCUGCCAAUGAGGCAGGGGAUGCGCAGACCAAACUCGGCGUUGUAGGCGACAAGGCGAAGGAGAAUGGUGCUGCUACCAACAAGCCAAGGCCAACGAAUGUUAUUGGUAGCGCUUUCCCUUGGCUGAACUCUGGUGGACAAUCGAAGUGA